AGGGCGGGGCGGGGCGCGGUUGGCGCUGGCGGGAAACGGGAACGGAGCGAGCAGGAACGUCCGGGAAUGGCGGUGCCGUUCGUGGAGGACUGGGACCUGGUGCAGACGCUGGGAGAAGGCGCCUACGGGGAGGUGCAGCUCGCUGUCAACCGCCGCACUGAGGAGGCCGUGGCUGUCAAGAUUGUGGACAUGAAGCGAGCGGCCGACUGCCCUGAGAACAUCAAGAAGGAAAUCUGCAUCAACAAGAUGCUCAACCACGAGAACGUCGUCAAGUUCUACGGGCACCGGCGGGAAGGUGCCACUCAGUACCUCUUCCUGGAGUACUGCAGCGGCGGGGAGCUCUUUGACCGCAUCGAGCCGGAUAUUGGGAUGCCAGAGCCGGAGGCGCAGCGGUUCUUCCAGCAGCUGAUUGCCGGUGUGGUCUAUCUACACAGCAUUGGCAUCACCCACCGUGACCUGAAGCCGGAGAACCUGCUGCUGGAUGAGCGAGAUAACCUGAAGAUCUCAGAUUUCGGCCUGGCCACAGUCUUCAGGCACAACGGCCGGGAGCGGCUGCUCAACAAGAUGUGUGGGACGCUGCCCUACGUGGCCCCCGAGCUGCUGCGGCGCCCCGAGUUCCGCGCGGAGCCUGUCGACGUCUGGGCCUGCGGCGUGGUGCUGACGGCCAUGCUGGCCGGAGAGCUGCCCUGGGACCAGCCCAGCGACAGCUGCCAGGAGUACAGUGACUGGAAGGAGAGGAAAACCUACCUCCCGCCUUGGAAGAAGAUUGAUUCCGCACCCUUAGCUUUGCUGCACAAGAUCCUGACGGAGAGCCCUGCGGCGAGGAUCACCAUUCCCGAUAUCAAGAAGGACCGGUGGUACAGCAAACCCCUCAAGAAGGGUGUCAAGCGGGCUCGUGUGUCCUCAGGCGGGGUCACUGACUCUCCCGGUGGCUUCUCCAAGCACGUCCGAUCCGAUAUGGACUUCUCACCGGUGAAGAGCCCGCUCGGUGAGGAGAAGGUGAGCUACUCCACGUCGCAGCCAGAGCCAGGCACUGGUGGGAUGCUCUGGGAUUGUGGAGCAGCCGCCAUUGACAAACUGGUGCAGGGCAUCAGCUUCUCCCAGCCUGCCUGCCCCGAGCACAUGCUGGUCAACAGCCAGCUCCUCGGCACUCCGGGCUCCUCGCAGAGCCCGUGGCAGCGCCUGGUGAAGCGGAUGACACGCUUCUUCACCAAGCUGGACGCUGACGGCUCGUACCGUGCCCUGAAGGAGGUGUGUGAGAAGAUGGGGUACGGCUGGAAGAAGAGUUGCACCAACCAGGUCACCAUCUCGACCACGGACAGGAGGAACAACAAACUCAUCUUCAAGGUGAACCUGGUGGAGAUGGAGAGCAAGAUUUUGGUGGAUUUUCGCCUCUCCAAGGGCGAUGGCCUGGAGUUCAAGAGGCACUUUCUGAAGAUCAAGGGCAAGCUCAGCGACAUCAUCAGCACCCAGAAAGUCUGGCUGCCUGCAACGUGAGCCCCAGCACCCCCCCGCCUCCUCCUCCUCUUCCUCCUCCUUCUUUUUCUCUUCCUCCUGUGGGGAGCAUCCAACCGACCGCGCGCUUCGGGUUUUAAAGGUUCAAUAAAGCACUCGGGGAGACAUGAA